AUGGCACCGACCAAAAACCACGCGUUGAAGAAGAAGGCGCCGCCCAGCGAGUACGCGAAAGCGCUAGCGUCAGGCAACAUCCUUCAAUGCCUGCCGCUCGAGCUCAGACAAGAGGUGUUUGCUUUCGCAGCCUUACACUACAUACGCUUCGCUACGAAGGACGGCCGCAUCCAGGCCUCGGACAUCAGUGAGCGGGUACACGAGUGGCUGCCACCCAUGUGCCAUGUCAACGACGACUUCUUCCUUGAGAGCCUGCCAAUGUUCCUCCGCCACAUUGACAUAGUGGUGGGCGAGACAUACACCGCAUAUGGGCUUUUCUUCUUCCUGCAGGCGACUGGCAUGUUCAGUUACAUCUACUCGCUGCGUUACACAGACGCCGGGACCCUCGCACCCUCUUUCGCCGGUCCUCAGCUCCUCAAAGAGUGCAACAAUCUCCGUCACGUGGCGUUGUCCUUCAGGACCGAUGACUUUCCUUCAAUCAACCGGCACAAGAAGUGUAUGCAGCCGUUCUACUUCGAUAAGAAAGCUUUCCUAGAAGCCCAUUCUUUUCGCCAGCUUCUUACACUAAAGCACAUUGAGAAGGUCAGUCAGAUUGUGUUUCGCAAAUUUCCUUGUGGUCUCUCAUGCCGGAGAGUACAUUAG